AACGGCGUGUCGCAGCCGUCGGUACGUUUGCCCCUCUUACUGCUUGAAUAAUACAUAAAUUACAUACAUACAUGCAUAUAUAUAUAUAUAUAUGAGGGUGAAAACACUAAUUUGGUUGUUUGCAGGUCCCAUUCGACUACAACUAUGGCUCCUUCCCACCCUCCUUUUCACCAGUGGGAAUCGCACCGCAACAUUCCCCGCCAGAGUCAUUUACACGCAAUACCUCGAUAGAGAUAUCCCGAGACGCCGUCGACGGUACCGAUGAUAUGAAUGGAGACCGGAAUUCCGGUCGAGGCAGUAGCGAAGAAAAGGAGCCCCUCACGCCAGCGCAGAGUCGCCGCAAGGCGCAGAACAGAGCUGCUCAACGAGCCUUCCGCGAGCGCAAAGAGCGCCGCGUCCGUGAACUUGAGCAGAAACUAAACGAUCUAGAGCAAACCUCCACCACUCUGCACGCUGACAACGAGCGGCUGAAGCAAGAGCUGGCGAGGAUUGCGACCGAGAACGAGAUUCUGCGCGCCACAUCCUCAACAACAUCCCCUGGGUCAGGAGCAAAGGGGGAUGGUGCAACAUACCAUGACGACACCGAGAAUACGACCACAGGACCCAUGGAGUUCUGUCCACGGGACGUCGAGAAGAGUAUCGCAGAUAGCCAGAAGGACGGCAAUUUAGCGCAUCGCAUCGUGAUCAGUUCGAAAACGGGCGAGAAAUUGCUGAAUGCUCGGGCUACGUGGGAUAUGAUUCAGAACCAUAGAAUGUAUAAAGAAGGGUUGGUGGAUAUUGGGGAUGUGUGUGACCGGUUAAAAGGGUUUGCGCUGUGUGAUGGCCAGGGCCCGGUGUUUGAGGAAGGAAGAGUUAGGAGGGCGAUUGAGGAGAGUGUGGCUUCUGGGAGUGACGAGCUCAUUUGAUUCAUUCUUAUUUAGUUAAGGGUUCCUGUUUGUGCAUGUUAUAUUAGGCGUUUUGGUGAGUGAUCCAGGGUUAUGCUCUAUGUAGGAAAGAGCUGGAUUAGGGGGCCAGUGGUUUGGCCUCCUCUGAGGGAUUUGCGUUACAGCGAUGGCGUACAUUGGCAAUUGAUGUGUAUACAGUGACGUAUAACGAAUACGAGGGAAAUGAUCCCGCU